AUGUCAAUCGCAAAUCCUUCCACAGCCUCAACAUUCAGGCCACAUGUGACCAGGUGUGUCAUCACCAGCCUUGAGGCAAAGUGGCCUGGGUCAGUCCAUGACUCAAGGAUCUUCUCAGAGUCUUCACUGUGUCACAAACUCGAGCAAGGGCUCUUCAGUGGAGUGCUGCUCGGGGACAGGGGUUAUGCCUGCCAGCCAUUCCUAAUGACCCUGUAUCCUAACCCUGGUGAAGGGCCACAAACCAGUUUCAAUGUGGCCCAUGCCAAAACCAGGGUCAGGAUCGAAAUGACCUUUGGGAUACUGAAGGCCAGAUUCACCUGCCUGCGGGGGCUCAGAGUGGCCCCUGAAAGAGCAUGCCGCAUUAUAACGGCCUGUGUUGUGCUGCACAUCGCCACCAUGAGGAAGGAGAGGGCCCCUCCUGCAAACCCCCAACCUCCUGAUGUGGUAGACCCCAUCACCCUGGACUACCCUACUGGCAGGGCUGUCAGAGAUGCAAUCGCAUUAUUAUUUGCAUAA